AUGAACAUUUUUACCGGCGCUGGGUGCAAUGGCGAAUGGGAGGAGGCCACAUGGUGCCAUUUUUUCCCCCAGACCCUCACUGGAUUAGCGAGGGCUUGGUUCGAUUCUUUGCCAGCAGGAGCGUUGGCUUCAUUUGAACAAUUGCAAGCUAAAUUUAUUGCACACUUCAGCCAACAACGACGUCAUAAACGUGAUUCAAUGGACGUCAUAAACAUCUGGCGUGGGGAAAACGAAAGCCUAGAAUCUUUCGUUAUCCGCUACAAUAAAGAGUGCCUCGAGAUCGGCGGAAUUGCAGAUCAAAUGGCCCGCAACCAUUUCAUCCGAGUUGUCAAGGACGAUGAAAUGGUGAUGACACUCUCAGGAAAGGAGGGCUUACCAGAAAAGUGGGACGACGUCAUCGCCGCGGUCAAAAUGUACACCCAAACUCAGCGGUCUCUCAAACCGCACGCAUUCAAGGCACAGCCCCAUGCGCAAGGUCAAUCCUCCCGCCAAGACGCCAAGUGCAACAACAACUGCAACCGGGACACAUGGAAUCGUGGCAACGAUUCCAAACCUUAUGUCCCGCGCAGCUACCAGCCCGAGGUAAGGGCAACGAUCAAUGCCCAACGUGAACAGCGGGCAUCAAAGAAGGAAUCUCGGGACCGCAAUUGGACCGAGAUCAACAAGUCGCCAAGAGAAGUCCUCCAGACGGACGCACAAUUCUUGCGACCGGCCCAACCGAUGAAGUUCAAAAAGAACCAAGAUCUCACCCUUUACUAUGAGUAUCAUAAGGACUCGGGCCACUCAACCAACAACUGCAUCAGUCUCCGGUUGGGGAUUGAACGAGCCCUAAAAGAGGGGAAGCUGCAACAUCUAUUGAUAGCCGCGCAGAAGCAAACCAAGCGCAUCACCCCCAACGACGAGAGCACUUCCAGGGGAAAAAAAUACCAUGUAUGUGGCUUCAACCCACAUGAUCAAUGGAGGCCGUAG